UCUGCACUGUCCAGGAUCUGCUGUGGCCCCCCCUUCACCUCCUGAGUGCUUUUAGAAAUGGCCCCCAAGAAGAAGGAAGAGCCCAAACCAGCGGCGCCGGCGGCCCCUAAGCCCCCAGAGCCCGAGCGGCCCAAGACCCCGGAGUUUGACCCGACAUCAGUGACGCUGGAAUUCACCCCCGAACAGCUCGAGGACUUCAAAGAUGCUUUCCAGCUGUUUGACAGAACACCGACCAGCGAAAUGAAAAUCACCUACGCCCAAUGCGGCGACCUGAUCAGGGCGCUGGGCCAGAAUCCCACCAAUGCAGAGAUCAUGCACGUCCUCGGGAAGCCCAAAGCUGAAGAUAUGCAGACCAAGAUGCUCGACUUUGACCAGUUUCUACCGAUUCACCAACACAUCUGCAAGGCCAAGGACCGUGGAACAUUCGAGGACUUCGUGGAGGGUCUCCGGGUGUUUGACAAGGAAGGGAACGGCACAGUCAUGGGUGCCGAGCUCAGACACGUUCUGGCGACGCUGGGUGAGAAGAUGAGGGAGGACGAGGUGGAGCAGCUGAUGCAAAACCAGGAGGACGCCAACGGAUGCAUAAAUUACGAAGCUUUCGUGAAGCACAUCAUGGCCUCCUAAAAAGAGCACGUUUGGUCUCAGCCUCAUUGUUAUUCUGGUGCUACACGGUACGUUAUGAAAUCAAUAUGAGCAAGUAAUGAGUUCAUCGCUCCUUCACUGGAAAAGCCAGAUUGCGAAUUGUUGACCGCAGAAGAUCUUUAUGUUUCUGUGCAUCCCAUCUUGUAUAUUGUUCAUUUCCAUGUGUGUCGGGUCGAUCUAUAAUUCAGUCAUCAAUACUUCACCCUCAUGCUCAUGCUGUGCACACACCGCACACGCUGCUCAUCUUGUAGAUAAUCGUACAUAAAUAAAAUCAUUUUUAAAACAA